UCCCGUGGGUGGGUGUGUGGGCAGGGCAGGGCAGGGGCGGCCCGCGGGGACCGGGAGCGGUGCGGAGGCACAGCCCCAGAGCUGCGCGGAGAUGGACUGCGGAGUCAUCACCUCCAAGACCGUGCUGCUGCUGCUCAGCCUCGCCUUCUGGGCGGCAGCUGCAGGCCUCAGCUAUGUUGGGGCGUACGUCAUCAACGCCUACAAGAGCUACGACAACUUUCUGCAGGACAAGUACGCCCUGCUGCCGGCUGUGAUCAUCAUUUGCGUGGCCCUGGUGAUGUUCAUCAUCGGGCUGAUCGGCUGCUGCGCCACUUUCCGCGAGUCCCGGGUGGGCCUGGGGCUGUUCUUGGCCAUUAUCCUGGUUAUCUUCAUUGCAGAAGUAUCCACUUUUGUCUUGGGAUUUGUUUACAGGGAAAAGGUAAAAACAGAUGUGCAAGGUACAAUGCGCUCAGUCUUUGAGAAGUAUGAUGGCAAAGACCCAGAGUCUACAGUUGUGGAUUACUUGCAAACACAGCUUCACUGCUGCGGGGUUAAGAACUACAGUGACUGGACGAGCAGCCAGUGGUUUAAUUCCACUGGGAACCAGAGUGUUCCCCUGAGCUGCUGCCAGCAAGAGGCCAGGAACUGCACCGGGCGCCUGGAUCAGCCGCAGGAACUCAACACACGGGGCUGUGCACAGGAGCUGGAGACUAGGCUGCAGAGCGUUAUCAGCUAUGCCAUGCUGGUAAUCCUGGGGUUUGCCAUUGUAAAGUUCUUCGGAAUGCUGAGCGUCUGUGUGCUUACUUGCAAGAAAGAAGAAAGUGGAUAUCAGCCUCUUUACUCAGGGGUGUUUGCUUAAUAAACUGAAAAGAACAUUCUUGCUUCCUGAUGAUGAAACUGACUUGUGACCAUACCACAGCUUUCCGAAACGUUUAUGCUAAGUUUGGACCUGUGACUACGGGUGGUGUAGUAGGCUCCGGAAAGAAACUUUCUUCUGCCCUUCUUUCCUCUGCCCCAAAAACAUGCAGCAGAAACUUUAUCUUUUAAUCAAUAAACUGGUGGAGACCACAGGAGGGCUUUCAGUUGCCUGCACAAACCUCAGAUCAUUCCCAUGGUGUGGUUUAAACAACAAAAGGUUGUUUAUAUACUCUUCAUAGGCAUGGGGAUCUGCAGUAUGUUUUUUUUCUGUAUCUGAUUGUGCAGUUUUUAUGUCACGAUAUAAUUCUGUUUACUACAGAAGUUGUUAGUGCAAGACAACCCCAUGCUUCAAAUCUAGAACAAGCAUUUGUGUGGUUGUUUGGAGCAGCUAGCAAACAUGAAAAUCCCCAGGUUUUGGGCUCAGAACUCUCUCUUUGGUUUGUUUUUAUCUCUUAAUUAUUGACAUUAAAAAUUCCUUAUGAAGCAAGGGCUUUCAAACAUUCUUCCUCCUUUUUCUGUGGUUUGCCUGGGGGAAUUAGUGCCACAUUUCCACCCUGACCACACUUCUCUGCUAAAAUAUUAAGAUAUAUUCUUGUACAAAGCAAUUUCAGUAACCUGCUGUAGUGCUGCUUUUGCACAUUUUCUGUUCUCCUUAAUUCUGCUGGACACAGAUUGGAUUGCAUUCCUGCUUUAACACAGUGCUUCAACUCGUUUGUAUGCUAUAAGCUCUUCAGGAUUUUGGGGAUAGAGAAGAGAGAGAACUGUGAGCUUUUAUGUGUCAGGGAAUUGUGGAAAAGCAACAGAGAUUCUGCUGAUUCCUUCCUUGGAGAUAUAAGCAGCCUGUCCUUAACAAAAUAAACCUUUCUAUUUGUAGCUAAUAAGAGAAAAAAAAAUUAGCUUGGGAUCAUUGUAAACCGUUUAAUUAUCUCCGUCCCUUCCCCAUGAGAGAAAAGGUGAUGGGUGAUGAUGUCCUAUGGGGGACACACCAGCGUGAGCAUGUGUAUGUUGAAAAAUGAGUUUUUACUGAGGGCUUUGUCUUCUGUUAAAUGCUGAAAUAAACUGAAUUUAUACAACCAAGUAA